AUGGAAGACGAAGUAAUUUCAGGUCACAAAACUUUACUCCAAAAAUGGGAAAUUCCUCUCGAGCAUCUCGAUUUCGAUUAUUUACGAAGUUGCAAAGAAAUUAAAAAAGUCGAGCGUAUUUUACGCAUUUUACGAUCUGGCGAGGAAGGAUUUUAUCCGGAUUUAACAAAGUUCGCCGAGAAUCGAUUGUCUGAACUUGAUCCGCAGAACAAAUUAUUGCGAGUUGAGACAAAAGCGGUACCGAAAUCUCACUUGAGCGACGAUUUAAAGAAGAAUUUGGAAGAGGAAAUAAAAGAAUUUCACGAAAAAAUUACCGAAAAUGAGGAAAAUGUCGCUCCAUUGCGGCGAAAUUUGCCUCCUGUGAGAGCUUUGAACAAGGAAAUUUUGGAAAAUUUCGAAAAAUCGUCGGAAAAAGACACGAAAAAGAGCAAAAGUGAGAGAAUUAAGUCCUUCGAGUACGAAAAAUGGGAUAAAUUUGAUGCGGAUGCGGCGGAAUUGAAAGUUGAUUUGGACGAGGAACGAUUAAUUGAGAAGCAUAAGAACCAAAAGAAGGAAAAGCCCGUAAUUGAGGAAAUUUUUGAAGAUGACUUCAGUUCGAUGACAGAAAAAGAGCGAAAAGUGCUCGCUUUGAGGUAUAAAGACAAAGGAAAUGAUUAUUUUAGAGCCAAAGAGUAUCAAGAAGCGAUCGAGGAGUACACGAAAAGCUUGAGACUUUACAAAAUGGCGGCUACUUUUAACAAUCGAGCGAUUGCUUAUAUAAAGACGAAAGAAUUCCACAAAGGCGUCAAAGAUUGCGAUAAAUGUCUCGAAAUGGAGCCUGAAAACUUAAAAGCUCUCAUCAGAAAAGGUCAAGCGCUUCAAGGAAUGGAUCAGAGACGUGAUGCUUAUGAAGUCUAUUGCAAGGCACUUUUGAUCGACCCAAAUAACGUAACAGCCCUCGAACUAACCACGGAUCUCCGUAAACAACUUCCAGAUUUGCCGUUGCCUAAUUCAACAAGGAUCCAAAUUGUCGAUGAGGAGCCUGAAAAGAAAAAAGUUGUCGAAAAAUCAAUUAAAAAUUCAGAAAAUGUCAAAAAAGCUCAAGAAAUGCAGAAAAUUGAAGAAGUUAAGGUCAAAAACGUUGAAAAUUUGGAGAAAAUUUCUGAAAAUUCUUCAGAAAAUGAAAAAAAAUUGGAAAAUAUUCAAAAAAUUGAAGAAAUUAAAAUUGAAAAACCUAAAAAUAUUCCAAAAAUUAAGGAAAAAUCUUCUGAAGUCGAAGAAAAAUCAUCAAAACCAACGAAUCUCAAAGCAGUAAAGAAAGACGACGUCCUUUCAACUUACAAACAAAAGCUUCAAGAGCAAAAAAAGAAGAAACAAGAAUACAAAGAACACUUUAAGCAAAUGUUUGAAGGCACAGACGACGUUUUCUUGCUUCCUCAUCACAAUAAGAAGAACCAAGAAUUCAUAAUUGCAGAGUCAAAGGAUCAAAAAAGGAAAUAA